CUGAAGAUAACAAAUAUGAGGCCUCCUUCCCACACAGUGUGGAGUUGUGAGCCAUAUAUUUGCCUGGCUUCGCACAAGGGACACAGAGGAGCUGCUCAAGUCAAAAGUAAGAAGAGAGCCAUGGAGAUGAAUGAGCCACAAGAAGGGCGUCAUUUUGUGGGGAAGAAAGACGACUUGAUUAACGCAAAGCGCACAUUCAAAACACUGGAGGGUCGGGAUGUGCUGAUCCUCUACCACCAGGGAGGCUUCUAUGCUUUGGACUAUUACUGCUAUCAUGCUGGUGGAAAACUAGAGACUGGAGACAUUGAGGAAAUAGGUGGCACGCUGUGCAUAAUUUGCCCCAAACACAAGUACAAGAUUUCUCUCGCCAAAGGGGAAGGUUUAUGCAAGACCAUAGACAAGACCCAAAACCCACCUAUGCCCAAAUGGUUCUCAAAAGGAGUGAAGCAGCGGGUCCACACAGUGAGAGAGACCAAUGGGGACGUCUAUGUGGAGCUCUCGAAGAUGCCCGGAUGGAUCGAGUCAGACUACUACCAGGGGGAGGAGGGCAAAGAAAAAAGGGCCAAAGCUGAGGCCGAGGCUGAGGCCGAUGAGGGGAUGGAAUCCUCUUAAUGGAAACAUGACAGCGCCUCUUCUAACUUCCUCUGCGUGGGGUUUGUGUAUGCAUGGAGACUGUGUAAAAUAAAGUUUUCGACCUUUACUUUCAUUUCAUUGGCUGUCUUUUGGAAUUAGAGACACCAUGUAUAGAGCUCAUCACUCAACUUUUAUGCAUCUUUAUUCUCCUCAUGCAUACUGCUUUUUCACUGUAUUGAUGUGAUCCAAUGAUUUAUAUGAUCAAUAAGGUGAAAAACUGUCUCUUCCUGUUUGUAUACAUUAAUUAAAAACAUACAGCCAGUAUUGUAGUCAUGGCAAUCAUAAUGAUAUGUGUUUUAGGAUCCGUAGCAGUGAUGUGAUGAAUUGCCUCGGUAUCGAGUAAGGCUCGGAAAUGUGCUUGCAAAAUGUUUUAUUUGAUGGGCUGAUCUCUACCAAGUUUAUGGUUAUGUGACACUUUGAAUAUAAUCAAGAUUUGGGGCCUGGGUUGUUGAGGGCAUGCAGCGGACCACAGUUAAAAAGUUAGGCAUGUGAAAUAUUGCCAUGUAAUUAUGUUGUCAAAUUCAUGGUUCACUAAGGGCUGCAGCGCUUAGCUGGUAUUUUGAGGUCAGUCUGGAGGAGAGCUAAAGACAACAUAUGGGAGGAUACGGCCCAAGAAGUUUGACUGCAUGUAGUGCUGCUAUGAAUAACACAAGAGGCUAAUUAGACCUUUAAGAUUUUCUUCCU